AUGCCCCGGCCGCGCCAGCGCCUCGCGGCGCUCGCCUGUUUUCUCCUCGCGCUAGCGUGUCUCUACGUGGAAUUGCGCCGCUUCAGCAGCGGGCUCCAUCUGGCGUCGUCUUUGGCGCCCGGCGCCCGGGACGGCCCGUACACGCUCCGGUUCCCCGCCAGCUUCCCGGCCGGCGUCAGCAAACGGGCGCUCGUCAAAAACACCCCGGCGUUCCGGGCGGCCGGGCUCCGGUACUCGCACGUCCUCGGGGCACCGGUCCACAAGCGCCCGGUUCUCCCCGCCCCACGGCUCUGGGGCACGGCGGCGGUGCGUCUUUUUUCCGCCGCCGACAUUGGGCGGGCCCCUCGGCGCUGUGCCGGCGCGCAGGCCGCCAACGCGUCCGUGGCCGUGGCGCCGGCGCGCAACUUGAACGCAGACUUGGCGGCACUCGUGGGCCGCGUGAUCCGCGAGAUCGACCGCGGCUCGGACGCGUACGUGCGCGAGCUCCGGCCGCUCGUGGACCCGCACGUCCGGCUCCAGGCGGCCUUGGGCGUCGUGCACCGGCACUGGUUCCACAUGGCCGGCUCCUCGGUGUACUUGGCCGAGUACGGGCUCCACAUGAUGGUGUCGCGCGUGGCGUACAGCCCGGACGGGCUGCGCAACAACCCGCGCUUCUCCGUGGCGUAUGCGCAGCUCUUCGACGGCGCGUGGGACGAGGUGCGCGACGUGGCGUUGGUGGUGCCCUCCAACAUGGGCGCGGGCGCCCGCUUCUUCUCGGUCCAGGGCGCCAACUACACCGUGGCGCACUACCCGGCGAUCCUCCCCGUGCCGUUUUUCCACGACCCCGCGGACCCCGCGUUGAAGUACCUUGGGCCCGAGGACGCGCGCGUGGUGCUCGUGCAGAACGCGGCGGGCCACCGCGAGCCGCUCCUCGUCUACAACAGCCAGCACCAGAAACACACCUUGCUCGACGACGACGACGACCACCUCCUCGGGCAGCCGGCGCUCUUCCGCUCGAUGUUCGUGUGCUGGCCCUGGCAGUUCCAGCACGGCAAGGCCGCGGUGGACGGCCGCCCGACCGCCCGCUCCGACCGCCAGCUCUACAACCGCGUGAAGGAGCUCCGCAUCAAGAACCUGCGCCGCCACAAGACCCAGAAGAACUGGACGCCCUUGCUCAGCGACGCCGCGCGCGCGCACGCGGGCCACGACUCGCACGUGCUCUUCGUGUACCGCUGGGCCCGCCUCCAGAUCCUCCGCUGCGACAUCUCCACCGACGCCGGCACGUGCGGCUUCGUGUUCUCGGCCCAGCCGCGCUUGAAGGUCUCCUCGCAGGUCGGGCCGCUCCGCGGCGGCACGCCCAUGGUGAGCCUCCGCAGUGUGUUGGGCCUGGGCCCGGCGCCGCAGCUCGCAGAGUUGAUCCCGCCCGCCAGAGAGGUGUGGGUGGGCUUUGCGCGCGCCCACCUCCACGAAUGCGGCUGCGGCAAGGACUUCUACCGCCCGAACCUCGUCGUGCUCACGGCGGACGUGCUGGCCGGGGGCAAGCCCCGCUUCCGCUUGAGCCACCUCUCGUCCUUCACCUCGCUCAACGUGGACGUGGUGCCCUGGGACCCGCGCCGCCCGCUCGACGUCUGCGAGAGCACGAACGCCGUGAUACCCAACGGCAUCUCGGCAUGGCUGGUCCAUGGCGCCAGACAGACCUCUUCCGGCUGGGAGGUCGACGACUUGCUCUCCCUCUCGCUCUCCGUCUCCGACUGCACCGUCGACAUCGUUCACAUCCACGGCCUCCUCGGCGCGCUCGUCAACUUGGCCGAUCCUCUGCCCUUUCUGCCGCCGGCCAGCGACGAGCAGGGGCGCGCGGCUGCUUUCGAAACGGCGCAGGGCGUGGGCGCAGACGCGGACACAGCCAACGACCACAUCAUCUGUGCCAUGGAGGAGUCCGCCAACUUCUGUGCCUACUAUGGGAUGACCGUCGCUGACCGCCUCGCCAUGGCCAGUAUGUAUGAGGAUGACUAUCAGAGUGAGAGCGAGGACGAGCAGAUGGAGAAGUAUAGGUUCGCCCUUGACGAAUUGGGUUUGGCGUAG